AUGGCCUCAGGAAAAUAUGCUCUCAUCACAGGUGUCGCGAGCGGUGGCAUGGGAGAAGGGCACAUGAAAGCACUGCUCAGCCGUGGCAUCAGCGUUAUCGCAACCUCGAUUGACCUCAAAUUGCUUGAAUAUCUAGACGCCACAUCUCACGGCGACGACGCGGAAGUCUUCAAGCUCGAGCUUGAUGUUACGUCAAAAGAGUCGAUUGCGGCUACCGUUGAGCGGGUGAAGGAGAUCACUGGUGGGAAGUUGGAUUUUCUCCUGAACAAUGCAGGGUACGGCUACUAUAUGCCGUUGUUGGACGUGGAUUUGGAGAAGGCGAGGAAGCAGUACGAAGUCAAUGUCUGGGGCGUGCUGGCUCUGACGCAAGCCUUUUUUCCACUGCUCCGGGUUGCCAAAGGAACUAUCAUCAACCAAUCCAGCAUGGCUGGUGUUCAAGGCUUCAAUCGACCUUACAUGGGAAUAUACUCCAGUUCCAAGGCCGCAGUGUACAGCCUGAGCGACUAUAUGCGAGUAGAGCUGGCUCCUUUCGACAUCAAGGUCCUCACUCUAGUGACUGGCGCAGUCAAGACUGAAUUCUACACAAACAUCAAGGAAGGCGGCAAACCCAUCACUCUCCCUCCAGACUCACCCUACAACCCCAUACGCAAGCACAUCGAAACCAUGAUGAAUGGGUCGUUAGCUGGGAUGAAAGGCCAUGAUCGACUUCAAGUCACUCGGAGCACAAUCGCCACUGCGCUUCGGUACUCGUGGCUCAGUACUCGGUACGUUCGCAGGGGUUUUGGAGCGCUGAAGAUUUGGUUGAUGCAGCUGUUGUUGCCGGUGUGGUUGGUAGAUCGAUGGGCACGGCAGGCGGGCUCCUUGGACAAGUUGAAGCAGAUGUUGGCGAGCGGGUAG